GAAAGCGCUCCGCCGCGUUCGUGCGCGACCACGGCCGGGCUCGAGCGUUGGCUCGGGCGGAGCGGAAGACGCGUGGAGCUGUGCAAGGACCCGCGAGCAGUGCAGUGCACCCCUGUUACGUGUUUUAGGAAUAGGUGUUAAACUUUGGUUUGAAUGAAAAAUGUCUCUCAGUCCACCUGUAUUUCUCAAAGAAAGGGAAGAAAAUAAUUCAAAAUGUGUGGAAAUACAGCAGUCACAAACUACUUCUAUAGCUGCAGAAGAUCCUCUUCAAAACUUAUGCUUAGCAUCUCAAGAAGUUCUUCAAAAAGCUCAGCGAAGUGGAAGAUCAAAAUGUCUUAAAUGUGGUGGUUCAAGAAUGUUCUACUGCUAUACAUGUUAUGUCCCAGUUGAAAAUGUACCCAUUGAACAGAUGCCAAUUGUGAAGCUUCCACUGAAGAUUGACAUCAUUAAACAUCCAAAUGAAACAGAUGGCAAAAGUACUGCUAUACACGCAAAACUCUUAGCACCUGAAUUUGUAAAUAUUUACACAUACCCUUGUAUUCCAGAAUAUGAAGAAAAGGACCAUGAAGUUGCACUUGUUUUCCCUGGACCUAAGUCUGUCUCAAUAAAAGAUAUUUCUUUUCAUCUGCAAAAAAGGAUUCAAAAUAAUGUUAGAAGCAAAAAUGAUGACGCUGACAAACCAUCUAUUAAACGCAAGAAAACUGAAGAGCAGGAUUUGAAGGACAGCAAGUGCAAAGUGACAACACUGAAAAGAAUUAUAUUUAUAGAUAGCACCUGGAACCAAACAAACAAAAUAUUCACCGACGAGAGACUUCAAGGGUUGUUACAAGUUGAGUUGAAAACAAGAAAAACUUGCUUUUGGCGCCAUCAGAAAGGGAAGCCAGACACCUUCCUUUCCACAAUCGAAGCCAUUUACUACUUUCUGGUGGACUACCAUACUGAUGUAUUAAAAGAGAAGUACAAAGGACAAUAUGACAAUCUUUUAUUUUUCUACUCUUUUAUGUACCAGCUGAUAAAGAAUGCCAAGUGCUCUGGAGACAAGGAAACAAGAAAACUUACUCAUUAGGUUUUAAGAAGCCACUUAUGUCAUUUUAUUUUGCUAAAAUCAAUAAACUUGUAAUUGUGCUUUGUUUAUUCAUAGGAAACACUCAU